UUAAAAUGUGGAAACGUUCAUCCUGCAUGUUUUGCGAAUAUAAUAAGAGAGGCCUUUCCUGCAGAAUCAGACACACACAAGCGUUUCAAGUAUGCAAGACCAUGAACAGAGUAUGUGAAUUUAUGUACACUGAAACUGAGCCAAAUAUACACCUCGUCAAAAGUAUCGUACCACCACCAUUUUUUGAUAAUCAGGUAAGAUAUGUAGCAUAUCUUUUGCAUAUAAAUGAAAUGUUCAUGAAACUGUUUGGGAAAAGUUCUAUGGUGACCAGAAUCGGAACAAUUUUAGCUAUUUCCUCAUUGAAACAACUGAUAAUGAAAGUAAAAUAUAACAUUAUACAAAUUGUUUGAAGAAAUUUUAUUCAUGACAACAUGUUGUUUGCAACAAAUGUUGCAAUCUCCAUCAACCACCACCGUUAGAUUUUGGCAGGAGGGGAUUUGAGAGUCCAUCAGAAAACACUCCCCUUCGAACGUCCACGAAAACAAUGUCCCAACUGAAGUGUUAGCUUAUCAAACUUGAUGAAAUUCAUUUCAGAACACGCACAAUUAAGAAAAUCAUACAUGAACCACUAUUUCUGGGCAACUAAUAUCUAAGGUCUGUCACUAUCUGGCUUUGGAUCUAUGAAAUCUUGAAAUUGACAGGUCACACCAUGCAGAUACAGAGAUAGUACCUACCUCGUGUCAAAAUAUCCGGCUCGUCUGCAGGCUAAAAAGCGGCUGUUCAGACAUACUCAUUUCCAUUGGUAAUCACAUUGUACCAGCAGGCUCGAUCAUUCCCAGUAAAUCUACAGGUUAAUGUUGAACCAUAUCAUAGAUCGGGGUUGUCAUCUUGCUUCAUUUAACUAGCAACGGAGAAUGUAAGCACAAGAUUGUCAGCCAUUGACAGCUGCGAGGUGUGAGUAAACGUGAUGUAGGGUCAAGUUCUGCCACAUCCAAGGUCGGGGUGGAGAGGCAUUUAUUUUGAUGUUAAUGUUGUUUACUGGGGGUAAUUGCUAACUAACUAAUAACACUUACACAUGUUAAAUGUAUAGGAGAAUGUUAAUUCAAAAAGUUUGUUGUAAAAGAUAUUCGUUUAGUAUUUUAAAACCGUCAGUCCACAGUGUACAACAGUGUACAGAGAAGGUUGGUAGAAACUAAAACAGCUGUCUUUGGACUAAUUUUGGAGUGUUAUUUGUCAACUUCUUUUGAAAAACUAUGUGUUUUGAACACUUAUUUUGAACUACUCACGACUAUGGUGUUUUUAAUCUUGAACUUUGAUAAUAAUUGUUACAUAUAUAACUACCUGUGCCCACUUUUCGCAAUGUUCUAUAAUUGCGGACCUGUGUGCCUGUGUUGUUACGCGUUGCAAGAGAGCACCGUUUUCAAAGCAUUGUUGCCGUCAUGGUAGAAUGGAGAUAAACCUACUGUGAUUUGAAAUUUGAUGUAGUCCCACUGAAGAGUAGAUACCUCUUUAUUGUAAUUUGGAACCUCUUGCUAAGCGCUCGGUAUCUACUAAAGAGGUAUCUACUCUACAGUGGUACUACAUCAAAUUUCAAAACACAGUAGGUUUGUUUCCUAAAUGAUCACUAGUUUAAGUCAGUGUCUGGUGCAUCCACCCCGUACACGGGUCACACCCACAAGACAUCUCCUCAUGCUCAACAUCAGAUGCCUGAUCCUCAACUGAGGAAAGUGUUGCCAUUCCUGAUACAAUACCUUGGUCCCUUGCUCACCCAACGUCCCAACUGAUCGCAUAGAGAUGCUCGACUGGAUUCGGGUCUUGGCUUCAGGAAGGCCACGGCAGAGGCCAUGGAUUGUUGUGGAGAUGGUCAGUCACAGCUCGUGCUCGUGCUGGUUUGGGUCGGUCAUUAUCAUCUAUGAAGACAGGAUGUGUGACAAGUGCAUGGUAAUCAAAAUGAGGCACAACAAAACCGUCCAAUGUGUUAUCUUGGUACCUUUGUCCACUAAAUGUCCCAGAACUGUAACCAAAUCAAGUUUACAAUCAAAAGAGCAACAUCCCCAUACCAUCACUGAGCCGCCACCACAUGCACACGCCACUGUUUCCUGGAUGUUGCACUGAUGAUGAGAUGUUCCUCUUUGCCUCCAGACAUGAGUUCUUCUACCAUCAGUGGUGUGAAUCUGUCAUCAAACACGAAUUUCUCUAAUGAGAACCCCCAGGUGCGCAUACCUAACUAUGUUUGUCUUAAGAGGCAAAUAACGGUAUCAGGUGGUCAUGAUAUCAAUCACUGGAUUGUAUGGUCCAGACUCGAUAAUUUAGAGACCACCCUCAUAUAGCUGGAAUAUUGCUGAGUGCGGCAUAAAACAACAAACAGACAAACAGGCAUACGGCUCACAUACACGCACCCAGAAGUUUAGGCAGUUACGGUGGCUACCAUUCUUCAAGCAGAUGCACCUUGUGACAAAUCUCUACAUUGUAAAUGAAACUUUAUAUUUGGUGAUGCUAUACUUUGACGAGGGUAUAUAUUGCCCUUGCAUGUUAUCUGAUCAAAUUGCAUGGUCCUUUGUAAAUGUUGUACGAUGAUAGUAAGUCAUCGAUUAUUUUUAACAACGAAUGGAGAAUCUAGUUUCGUAACCAAGUUCUUUUGGUUUUUCUGGAGCCCUCUCAUAGAUAGACCCUUCAAAAUGCAAGGACUACUUUGCGGCAUAUCCAGUCAAUUCCCAUUUCUUUUGUCCACUCUGACAUCAGUGUAUCAAAACUUUCUUCCUCAAUAAAUCGGCUUUUUCGUUUGGAGAUUUGAAGAAAUGAGCUUCCCUAUUGAAACACAGUAUCCCAUUUCGCGUCAAAAUACGCUGUGAAAGGAAAAUCACUUCCUUGUCAUGUACUUAAAUUAAUGCACUGUAAACAAAGGGAAAUGGCGAUGACGCUCCACUGUGACGUCACAGCUACCGCUUGGCCUGAAACUAGGAUUACGAUAUACAUACGAGCUGGUGGUGAGAUCAGGGCAGUUGUUUGUUGCUUUGAAAUAACAUAUCAUGGUGUGUGUCUAAAUGUGUACUUUGUAUGACUAUUUAACUUGUUUUAAAAAGUUUUGCCAAUCCUCUGUGUCAAUAUUAAUCUGUUAUCUUUUGUAUUCUUUAAAGAUUUUUAUCAUGUUAAAUAGCUACAUAACUUUAUCAUGAUGACGUUACAAGUUUGAGACGACAAGAUGUUCGUUCUCAUGCUCCUGGAGAUAAGACAAUGUUGCGACUGAAAAUAGCUUAUAUCACUGCGCAACCCGCAACUGCUAGCUAAGGUGUGGACCCACAGCAAGUGGCACCAAACCAGACCAUAAAGCUCACAACUGUGAUCAACCAAGACUGUCCAGUUUAUGACUGUAAGCAUGUCUGCAUUUAUAAUCCUCCUGAUCGCACAUCUUGGAAACAGGUUGGUGGAUUCCGCCAUUGUGUAUAAGUGGCAUGCUGUAGACUAUGAAUGGCCAAACACUUCAGUCAAACAGGAAUUCAUCAAAAAUGGAAGUUUCAUCCUCACAAACAACAUCAUCGCAGGCAUUAAGAUUUACAAUGAAAGUGUGUACGUGACGGUUCCUCGAUGGAGGAAAGGAGUUCCGUCUACUCUCAAUGUAGUAGUGGAGAAGGAUGGGGAGGCAAUCCUUAGACCCUUCCCCAGUUGGUCCAUGCAGACAGUGGGUGACUGCUCAGCUAUCCAGUACUCUCAGAGUCUUGAGAUUGAUCCUUCAACUGGAUGGAUGUGGAUUAUUGACACUGGUUUACACUCAAUCGCCGAACCGGGGCAGUUCAUAUGUCCCCCUAAGCUAGUUAUCUACGAUAUAAACACGGACAAGGUUAUUCGAGUUCAUCAUUUUCCUGAAACCGUCGCUCCAAAGAUGCUGACGUUCCUGGACGACAUCGUGGUUCAUAAAAUUUCAGGAAAACCUGCUUAUGCUUACAUCACGGAUGCAGGAACAGCCAGACUAGUUGUUUAUGAUUUCCUAAAGGACAAAUCGUACACAUUUGCACACAAGAGCAUGGCAGCCGAGAGUGGCCCAGCUGCCAUAAUCGAUUUUGACCACACUCAAUUUAAGACAGACAUACCGAUAGAUGGCAUUGGUCUUUCACCCGACUCCCGGUAUCUUUACUAUUGUUCCUUGGCAUCAAUGAAACUUUACCGUGUUCCCACGUCAGUGCUUGCACAAGAAAAUGGCGACAUCAGCAGAUCUGUAAAAGACCUUGGAAGCAAAGUUUCCCAGACGGGAGGCAUGAUAGUUGGAAGUAAAAGUUUAUUUUACGGGGCGUUGGGUUUGAAUGCUGUCUACAAAUGGGAUUUCACCAAAGACAUAGCCAUGGCGGCAUCUGUUGACGACGUUACCCUGACAACACAACCUCUAGUGGCAAAGGAUGACUCGUACAUGCAAUGGGUUGACAGCUUAGCUUUGGACACCAAUGGCUACCUCUGGUUUACAGUAAACAAACUGCCAAGUUUCCUUCAGAAUACAAUGGAUUUUAAUGUCACGGCGCCCUUUAAUAUGUUCAUUUGGAAGAUUUAUGUUGACGAAAGGAAUUAUUUAUAAACCUUUCCGCAUCAAACUGACAUCAAGAUGAAUUCUUUUAACCCCAAACUAUUCAUGUGUUUUGGGACAUAUGACUCACAAACUUCAGUUAGUUUUCGCUUCGUAAUAUACAUAUGAACAUUCUCUUCCCGAUAGCACUGUUAUAAAACCUAUUUAAUAAACUUAAAACAUUGGCGAUA